CUAGGCCCAGUAUCGAGCACACAUGGCUAGGCCCAGUAUCGAGCACACAGUAGAUACUCUGUACGUGAUAAAAUUAAAUCUACUCUGGAGGUGUGGAAAUUCUUCCAGAAGGUUGACCUGGGGGGAAACAGUGUGAUUUGGCAGCAGUAGGGCCAUCGGGAGGAUCUUUGGGAAUAGCUUCUGUGCCCUCCUCCUCCCCUUGGCUCUCAUGUGGCCUUCAAUUUCACCAUUGGAAAGAGCUUCACUUUCUUCCAACCCCUGGGAGGUGUCCUUCCCUGCCACCUGUUCUAAGUGACACUAAAGGCAGUCCGAUGGGCAGCGUGACUUGGAUGGUCUAUUAAGGAAUGGAGAAAUGUUCAGGAGUGACAAACCGCCCCACCCCAGAGUUUGGAAUGCAUUGAUCGCUGCUGGGAGGCCUCUGAUGACCAGGGCUCCGUUCCCUGGCUACGUAUGCUGUGUGCGGGCUGGUGGCAAUGGCUUCAAGAUCAUCCCCCAGUUUCACAGUUAAACUUUGGACAUGCAUCUGUUAGAGUAUGGUGGAUGUUUUAAUCUAUUUCAGUCUAGAUGUUUGAGAUUCCCCUUUCAGGAGUGUGAGUCUUAGUCUUUCUUUAAUCAGCAGUGUCAAUACACACUUAUGACUGUAUGGUGGAACUGUGUCUUGCAGGUCAGUUUUGGCUAACCUAACUCGCACCAUUCCCCUGCCCCACUCACCCCUGGGCAUCCUUCUUCCAUAUACAGGACAUACAGAUUUAUUUUAUUCCUGCUGACUGCACAAGGCUCUGUUAUAUCACCGUUUAUUUAAUCAUUCUCCUAUUGAUGGAUAUCUAGGUUACAGCCAUUUACUAUAAUUAUUACAUACAAUAUUAUAAGAAACAUUCUUGUUCAUCUGUUUCUCUAUACAUAUCCAGGUCUAUCUGGAUAAAUAGCAGUGGACAUCUUGAUUUGUGGGUAUGAGGGAUAUAAGAUUUGAUAGACAUUGAUAAAUUGCUCUCUGAAAAAGCUACAAAGAAUUUACACGUUAACGUUGGAUAUACCCAAUGGGCAUAUGGAUUACCAAAUCUCAUUCUGAUGACAAAAACUAUUUUUCCUGACUAGGGAAAUUGAAGACAAAGUAUUCUGGAAUCCAGAGUUGGUUGCGAUACCCACGACUGAGUUCUGGAGUGACAUUCGAGUGCAUGAAGGGGCCUGCUUUCUCAUACCCUCCACAACUCGAGUCUUUAGUCAUAUUUUAAAACAUUUUGCCAGCUGAGAGCAGUGGCUCAUGCCUGUAAUCCCAGUACUUUGAGAGACCAGAGUGGGAGGAUCACUUCAGUCCAGGAGUUCAAUACCAGCCUGGGCAACACAGCAAGACUCUGUCUCAACAAAAAAAUAAAACAACUAGCUGGACCGAGGCUGGGCCAAGAUGGCGUCUGUGUUUCGAAGCGAGGAGAUGUGUUUGUCACAACUGUUUCUCCAGGUGGAAGCUGCAUAUUGCUGUGUGGCUGAGCUCGGAGAGCUCGGAUUGGUUCAGUUCAAAGAUUUAAAUAUGAAUGUGAACAGCUUUCAAAGGAAAUUUGUGAAUGAAGUCAGAAGGUGUGAAUCACUGGAGAGAAUCCUCCGUUUUCUGGAAGACGAGAUGCAAAAUGAGAUUGUAGUUCAGUUGCUCGAGAAAAGCCCACUGACCCCGCUCCCACGGGAAAUGAUUACCCUGGAGACUGUUCUAGAAAAACUGGAAGGAGAGUUACAGGAAGCCAACCAGAACCAGCAGGCCUUGAAACAAAGCUUCCUAGAACUGACAGAACUGAAAUACCUCCUGAAGAAAACCCAAGACUUCUUUGAGACGGAAACCAAUUUAGCCGAUGAUUUCUUUACUGAGGACACUUCUGGCCUCCUGGAGUUGAAAGCGGUGCCUGCAUAUAUGACCGGAAAGUUGGGGUUCAUAGCCGGUGUGAUCAACAGGGAGAGGAUGGCUUCCUUUGAGCGGUUACUGUGGCGAAUCUGCCGAGGAAACGUGUACUUGAAGUUCAGUGAGAUGGACGCCCCUCUGGAGGAUCCUGUCACGAAAGAAGAAAUUCAGAAGAACAUAUUCAUCAUAUUUUACCAAGGAGAGCAGCUCAGGCAGAAAAUCAAGAAGAUCUGUGAUGGGUUUCGAGCCACUGUCUACCCUUGCCCAGAGCCUGCGGUGGAGCGCAGAGAGAUGUUGGAGAGCGUCAAUGUGAGGCUGGAAGAUUUAAUCACCGUCAUAACACAAACAGAGUCUCACCGCCAGCGCCUGCUGCAGGAAGCCGCUGCCAACUGGCACUCCUGGCUCAUCAAGGUGCAGAAGAUGAAAGCUGUCUACCACAUCCUGAACAUGUGCAACAUCGACGUCACCCAGCAGUGUGUCAUCGCCGAGAUCUGGUUCCCGGUGGCAGAUGCCACACGUAUCAAGAGGGCACUGGAGCAAGGCAUGGAACUAAGUGGCUCCUCCAUGGCCCCCAUCAUGACCACAGUGCAAUCUAAAACAGCCCCUCCCACAUUUAACCGGACCAAUAAAUUCACAGCUGGCUUCCAGAAUAUCGUUGAUGCCUAUGGUGUCGGCAGCUACCGGGAGAUAAACCCAGCCCCCUACACCAUCAUCACUUUCCCCUUCCUGUUCGCUGUGAUGUUUGGAGACUGUGGUCAUGGAACCGUGAUGCUCCUGGCUGCACUUUGGAUGAUUCUGAAUGAGAGACGCUUGCUCUCCCAGAAGACAGACAAUGAGAUUUGGAACACCUUCUUCCACGGGCGCUAUCUGAUCCUACUUAUGGGCAUCUUCUCCAUCUACACGGGUUUGAUCUACAAUGACUGCUUCUCCAAGUCCUUGAACAUCUUUGGCUCUUCUUGGAGUGUCCAACCCAUGUUCAGAAACGGCACAUGGAAUACUCAUGUAAUGGAGGAAAGUCUAUAUCUGCAGCUGGACCCAGCCAUACCAGGAGUGUAUUUUGGAAAUCCAUACCCAUUUGGGAUUGAUCCGAUUUGGAACUUGGCUUCAAACAAACUCACAUUUCUGAACUCGUAUAAAAUGAAGAUGUCGGUGAUCCUGGGAAUUGUCCAGAUGGUUUUCGGUGUUAUCCUCAGCCUUUUCAAUCACAUAUACUUCAGAAGAACUCUCAACAUCAUUCUGCAAUUUAUCCCUGAGAUGAUUUUUAUCCUGUGUCUGUUUGGAUACCUGGUUUUCAUGAUCAUUUUCAAAUGGUGCUGCUUUGAUGUCCAUGUGUCUCAGCACGCCCCCAGCAUCCUCAUCCACUUCAUCAACAUGUUUCUGUUUAACUACAGUGACUCUUCCAACGCACCCCUCUACAAACAUCAGCAAGAAGUCCAAAGUUUCUUUGUGGUUAUGGCUUUGAUUUCUGUGCCGUGGAUGCUUCUGAUUAAGCCAUUUAUUCUUAGAGCCAGUCAUCGGAAAUCCCAGCUGCAGGCAUCCAGGAUCCAAGAAGAUGCCACUGAGAACACUGAAGGUGACAUCUCCAGCCCUUCCAGCCGUUCUGGCCAGAGGACUUCUGCAGAUACCCACGGGGCUCUGGACGACCAUGGAGAAGAGUUCAACUUUGGAGACGUCUUUGUCCACCAAGCCAUCCACACCAUCGAGUACUGCCUGGGCUGCAUUUCAAACACAGCCUCCUACCUGCGGCUCUGGGCCCUCAGCCUGGCUCAUGCACAACUGUCUGAAGUGCUCUGGACUAUGGUGAUGAACAGCGGCCUUCAGACGCGAGGCUGGGGAGGAAUCGUCGGGGUUUUUAUUAUUUUUGCCGUAUUUGCUGUCCUGACAGUAGCCAUCCUUCUGAUCAUGGAGGGCCUCUCUGCUUUCCUGCACGCCCUGCGACUGCACUGGGUUGAGUUCCAGAACAAGUUCUAUGUCGGGGAUGGUUACAAGUUUUCUCCAUUCUCCUUUAAACACAUCCUGGAUGGCACAGCCGAGGAGUAGGCUGAGGGCUGCACCUCCCACGGUGGUCACCAUGCCAAUGAAGGAAGUUCAGUCUUGUCUUUGAUAUCAGCCCCUGCAAGGCGCUCAAUGGGAAGGUUGUUCUUGGCUCACCUGAAGCAUGAAGCUGUGUAUUAUUUGGACGUCAGCCUGUGGAUUUGAUACGACUUAACCACGUCAGAGGAAGGACUUUGGCAAGUGAUAUUGUCUUCAUGUGGGGUAUUAAUUCUCAAAUAAUAAAAUAAUUGACAAACGAGGGGAGAAUGCUAAACAGAGGUCUUCUUGCAAUAUUUUAAAUAUUGUAUUUGAGAAAAUAAACAUCUGAGUCAUUCACUUUU